CGCACAAAUAUUUACACACUGCUACAUCGAAGAAAUCCAUGCAUAUUUCCCUGCAGAUACAACUCGCGCGCACACGUACUUCGCUGGCGCCCACGUCCUCUGCCUCUCACCGACAGACACAUUUACACACACACACACACACACACACACACACACACACACACACACACACACACACACGUAGGCCAGGAAAGCGCUAACCACGGUCCUGUGACUCCACGCAGGUUCCCAGGGCAUGCCUUUUACAUUAUUAUUGAACCGAUCAGCGACCACAGACAAACCUGCCAACACUUAAGUCUACUCUCGGGAUUCCAUCUCCAUGGCAACAAGCAUGGAAGGCCAAGAGGUGACUCCAGCUGGAAUUCUGAAGAGCCACCAUGAUGUGACAGUGAAUAAUGAGUAGUACCUACUGUGGCAACUCUUCAGCUAAGAUGAGUGUCAACGAAGUAUCGGCUUUCUCAUUGACUCUGGAGCAAAAAACCGGCUUUGCUUUUGUUGGGAUUUUGUGUAUUUUCUUGGGACUUCUUAUUAUCAGAUGCUUCAAAAUUCUGUUAGACCCGUAUAGUAGCAUGCCUUCCUCUACAUGGGAAGACGAAGUUGAAGAGUUUGAUAAAGGGACAUUUGAAUACGCACUCGCAUGACAGCACCGGCUUGAUGGAUUUUAGCAUUAUGCUAUUGGGACUCACAGUGGAUACAAUUGUAAUUGCCUUGAGCGUGCUGGAGAGAGGCCCAUUUCAUUCACUGAAUUCAAUAAAUCUGUGCGGUUAAUUUAUCCACCAUGCUGUG